AUGUCGCGCGCCCCUCUUCUUCCUUCGACGCCCGCCCUGGGUGCUUCCUCCUACGGAGCAUUACAAAGCCCAGAUGAAUCCGAAGAGGAUAUAUCCAUACCGAGUCGUCAGAAUGUUCCUAGAAGUUUACAACGUGCGAGCUUCGAAAAUGAUGUUGGAAGCUCUUCUACUGUACCAGGGUCUACCCCGAGACGAUCACAGUCCUCAGUCAGACGACGAAACAGCGUGUACGCAGAGAUCGCUGAUCGUCGGCCGUCAUCCGCCACGUCCGAUGUGGGAAUGGGUCCUGAUUCGAAAUACUCUUUUGCCACAGGAUUGGCUGUACUGGGCAACCCGGUGAUGCAGGAGACACCGGCACCUUCGCCAUAUAUGACAAGUGAUGAUGAAAAUUUCCUGGAUAUUGAUGAUGAUGAUGAUUCAAAGUCCUCGAGUGAGGAUCCUCCAGACAAUUCGCCGUAUGCUCAAGUACGAGCUUCGGUUCCGGCGACGGAUGAUAUCACUCUUUCUAUUAACACACCACGGAUGUGGUUUCUCUCUUUGUUAUUCUCUUUGACGGGGUCCGCCGCCAAUCUUUUCUUUUCCUUGCGCUAUCCUAGUGUUUCCAUUACACCAAUCAUUGCUCUUGUUCUAGUUCAUCCACUGGGCAAGUUUUGGGAUGUGCUUCUGAAACAAACAGGAGAUCCUCUUGAGAUCUUUGAGAACGGAACCCUUCACCACCGGGAAUCGCUCUCGAGUGAGAUCGAGGCCCCUCCUUUUUCAUUAGCGUCCCGGGUCAGACUUUGGCUUGCACAGGGCCGGUGGAAUGAGAAGGAGCAUGCUUGUGUCUACAUUAGUAGCAAUGUUUCCUUCGGGUUUGCUUUCGCAACUGAUGUUUUGGGGUAUGCAUUCGCGGGUCUCACUCGACGAUUCCUCGUGCGGCCAUCGGCUAUGAUCUGGCCGGGAACCCUGAUGUCUACUGCAAUGUUCUCAACAAUGCACAAGUCUGUCAAUAAAAAGGCAAACGGAUGGAGUAUCUCCCGAUAUAAAUUCUUCGUCGUUGUGUGGGCAGGCGCUUUUCUCUGGUAUUUUGUUCCAGGAUUGUUGAUGCCUGCUCUUAGCUAUUUCAAUGUGAUCACCUGGCUGGCACCCAAAAACGUUGUGAUCUCGAACUUGUUUGGCGUUGCCUCCGGUCUCGGGAUGUUCCCUUUGACCUUUGAUUGGGCUCAAAUUGCCUAUAUUGGCUCCCCAUUACUCACGCCUUGGUGGGCUGCAGCUAACAUCGUGACGGGACUGGUGGUCGUCAUAUGGGUAGUCGCGCCAAUACUGUAUUACAAAAAUGUGCUUUUCUCUGCAUAUAUGCCCAUAGUUUCAACAGCAGUAUUCGACAACACUGGGCGGCCAUAUGACGUUAGCCGAAUCUUGACCAAGGAUUUUUUGUUCGAUGAAAAGGCCUAUCAAGAUUACUCCUCGGUUUAUCUCCCAAUCACCUAUGUGUUGUCCUACGGUGUUCAGUUUGCUGCUUUGACAUCCCUUGUCACUCACACCAUUUGCUGGUAUGGGAAAGACAUCUGGCAUCAGACCAGAAAAGCCUUUGAGGAAAGACGAGAAGUGCCAGACGCGGAAACGUACCAGCCUCUUCGUGGAAGCAAUGAUACGGUUCGACAGAGUCAUGACAUUCCAAGGACCAGCUCUCAUGAACCGAGCCAGGAAAUUCCAGUGGGAGGGGAUGAUGUUCAUUGCCGUUUGAUGAGGCGCUACAAGGACGCACCCCUCACGUGGUAUCUUAUCGUGUUCAUUUCCAUGCUCGCCACUGCCAUCUUCACAGUGGAAUAUUAUCCAACACACCUACCUUGGUAUGGGCUACUCUUGGCUCUUGGUAUCACUUGUGUGUUCUUCAUCCCAGUGGGCAUCAUCAUGGCCGUCACCAAUCAGCAUAGCAGUCUUUAUCUGAUCUGCCAACUUCUUUGCGGUAUUGUAUUCCCAGGAAGGCCUGUGGCGAACAUGAUCUUCGUGACCUACUCAUAUAUCAGCUCUGCACAAGGGAUCAAAUUUUCGUCGGACCUCAAACUCGGCCAUUACAUGAAGAUCCCCCCACGGAUUCUGUUUAGCGUCCAGAUGAUGGCAACUUUGGUCUCGAGUCUGACCCAAAUUGGUGUGCUGAAUUGGAUGUUCACUUUUGUCCCGGGACUUUGCACACCGGAGGCCAUCAACGGUUUCAACUGCCCAAUUGCUCGAGUACAUUUCAACGGCAGCAUACUCUGGGGAGUCGUUGGGCCCCAGCGCUUCUUUGGCCCAGGGGGGCUCUAUCGUCCGCUUGUCUGGGCCUUUUUGAUGGGAGCCGUGGCGCCCCUUGGAGCAUGGCUUCUAGGGAGACAUAGCAAGAAAAGCUUUUGGCGUAUGGUCAACUUCCCUAUCCUGUUUGGCAGUCUGAGCUGGAUUCCUCCUGCAACCGGGCUCAACUUUUCCAUCUGGGCCCUUGUAUGUUUUGUGUUCAAUUAUGUGAUCCGGCGAAGGAGAACCGCAUGGUGGGAAAAAUAUGCAAUGACUUUAUCGGCUGCAUUGGAUUCUGGGUUAGCAUUCGCAGUGGUCGUUGUCUUCUUCGCCUUCAUCUAUCCUGGCUGGGUCGAUGGUUUCAAAUGGUGGGGAACCGAGAUUUAUAAACAAAAUGCAAUUAUCACGCAGUGUGGGAAUCGCUCUGUUGCUCAUCAGUUGCACGUGUUUGGGUGA